AUGGGUUCGUUAGGAAAGGUUUGCAUUGGCAAGCCAGCGCCUGACUUCCACUGCGACGCUGUCAUUGAAGGCAAGAUACAAAAGGUCACACUGAACACCUACAUAUCACCAGCACGUCAAAGAUGGUUGAUACUACUCUUCAUUCCUGCCGCAUUUUCUUAUGUCUGCCCGACUGAAGUUCUUGCCUUUGAGAACUGUCUCGAUGAAUUUCAUGAUCGCAGAUGCGAUAUUGUAUUCAUUUCGGUCGACACAAAACAUGUUCUCUGGCACUGGAAGAACGUUCCAAGGCAGUAUGGUGGUCUUGGGAAGAUCAAGAUUCCACUUCUUAGUGAUUCAAAUCAUCGCAUGUCAAAGGAUUAUGGGGUGUUAAUCGAAGAGGAAGGUGUGUCACUACGUGGUAUGUUCAUUCUGGAUGAGGUCGGCAUUGUGCAGCAGGCAACUCUGAAUAAUGUCACCGUGGGACGCUCCGUCUUGGAAGCCUUGCGACUACUAGAGGCCUUUCAAGCAGUUGCAAAACAUGGUGUUCUCUGCCCCAUCGAUUGGCACCCUGCCACUGAUACGGAUGAGAUGCUCAAUACCAUUCCCAACACACUUCCAGACCCAUCUGACGAGCACCUCCUCAGACUCCAAAAAGAAUUCGGCGAUACACUUGUCACUGACUUAGACGCAAAACACAAAUCAAAGGAUCAGUCGCCAAACCGACCGAAUACGUUGGGGGAGAGGCUUAGUAGUGACAGUGUGGCGAUAUCAUCCAGCCAAGAGGGAUCAAUGAGAUCGAGGGAAGGCUCUCUCCGAAGCAAUCAAGCUGGGUCCGUAAAAUCCCUCGACGACCUGUCGCAUCCAGCUCUUGGUCCUUUGGAUCCUAUCCCUUCUUCUCCAGACACAUUCUCGAGGAUAAACAAUCUGCCAAACAAUUCACAAGAAGUUAAUAAAAAGACGUUGUCUCUUCUGAAAGUAGAGUCCACAUCAGCUCCUCCGUCUGCAAGCGUUACCCCUACCCCUACACCUUCGGCACAGAACCCACCUCGACAGAUUACCAGAAUCAAUGCUCCUUCAGGGUCAGUCAGACAAUCAAAAGGUUACACCAAUGGACUCGUCCCCCCCAAUUUGUCCAGGCACAAUACCUACGAGUCUCGAAGAGGAAGCCACAUCUUUCUUGAAUUUGCAGAUCCAACCCUGACGCCAAAGCGUUCGCCUCCUCCGCCUGCCUCCAAGUUGUCACCAAUAUCGAUACAAAGUUCUUCGCCGAAAUUAUUGUCACGCACCACAUCUAUGAACCAGAGUUCCCGCGGCUCGACACCGAAACUGGAGACACCGCCACCGUCGGGGAAAGGGCUGAUGAGUCCUAUUGGUACUGGCCAAACACGACUACAAGCGACCUUCGAAGCGAUUAAAAAGAUGAGUUCAGGCCUGGCAAGUCCGAAACUAGACCUAUCGUCUAGGAAGAACAAUGGAAAGAUUGAAACCAAGGAAGAGGCUGAAGCGGGUCCUGGGUACUUUGAUGCUGUUUCUUGA